CGUGGCUUUCGCUCAUCCUCGAUGGGUAAGCUCGGGCUCCCAGUCUAUGUAGCGCCUCCCUCUCCACGCCGGAAACGGUCGUUGAUACCUGCUCUAUGUCUAUGUCUCCUCACUUUGCUCUGCUAUCACUAUACCCUGAGCUCGUCUCAACCCCGACAUGGCGUAACUGGUCGUCCGGCUUAUCUCAUCAAGGCCCGAAACGGUGCUGUUGCUUCGGAAAAUAGCCUAUGCUCUCAAAUUGGUGUCGAGGUACUGAAAGCAGGUGGAAACGCUGUUGAUGCGGCAAUCGCCACAACAUUUUGUGUUGGGACUGUCUCCAUGUACUCUUCAGGCAUUGGUGGUGGUGGAUGGAUGACGGUCCGAAUUCCCCCGGCUGCCGGACAGCCAAAGAACGCGUCUGAAGUCUUCACCAUUGACUUCCGGGAGACGGCCCCACUCUUGGCCAAUAGAACAAUGUUUCCCCCCAACUCUAAUACAAGUCAAUUUGGUGGACUUUCCGUGGGAGUUCCUGGCGAAAUUCGUGGCUUGGAAGAGGCCCAUAGAAGAUGGGGCACCCUCCCUUGGAAGACGCUUCUUGAGCCCAGCAUCAGGCUCGCACGUGGUUGGACUGUUCAAGAGGAGCUGGCGGACCGUAUUACAUGGUUUCCUACAUUGAUGCUCGGCAAUCCGGAUUGGAGUGCCAUCUUUGCUCCGGGUGGGAAAUUUCUACGCAAAGGAGAUGCUAUUCAGCGCCGAAACUAUUCAAGAACGUUGGCGACCAUAGCUUCUGAGGGCCCAGAUGCUUUUUACAAGGGCCCCAUCGCAGAUUCAUUGGUCAAAAAAGUGCACGCGACGGGCGGCAUUCUUUCACAUUCGGAUCUUGCAAACUAUCGAGUCAAGGUCACCCAUGCACUACAAGGAACCUACCGAGGCCGUAAAAUAUACACAAGCCAUGCACCGGCUUCUGGUUUAGUUUUGCUUCACAUGCUCAACUUGAUGGAAACGUAUCCACCAGCUCCCAGGACGCCGCUCAGCAUGCACCGUGUGCUUGAAAUACUGAAAUAUGGCUUUGCGGCACGGACGAAAAUGGGAGAUCCGGCCUUCGACAACAAUGUAACGAGGAUGGACGUGAUUCCAACCAAAGAGUUUGCGGAGCUCGUGGCUGCGAAUAUAACUGACGACAGGACGCAUGCGCCCUCCUGGUAUAAUCCAGAAUACGAAGUCAAGAUUGACCAUGGCACUAGCCAUACAUCGGUGGUAGACAAGAAUGAUAUGGCGGUCUCCCUAACUUCGACAGUCAACUUGAUUUUUGGAUCCCAAGUGUUGGAUCCAGAGACGGGUGUGAUUCUGAAUGACGAGAUGGACGACUUCAGUGUCCCUGGCACUCCCAACGGCUUUGGUCUUUAUCCCUCCCCUUACAACUAUCCUGCACCUGGAAAGCGGCCCUUGUCUUCGACCGCACCGACGAUCAUCGAGAACCAAGACGGUUCUUUCGCUGCCGCAAUCGGUGGGAGUGGAGGAAGUCGGAUCUUCGGGGCAGUAUUCCAGACCAUAUUAAACCUUGAAUGGGGCCUGGAUGCCAGCAGGGCAGUUGAAUUCUGGCGACUACACAACCAGCUGUACCCAUUAGAAACUGACGUGGACGCGGGCUUCCCAGCAGAUCUGGUCGCUGGCUUGCUGCUUCGCGGCCACAACUUGACUGAUACCGGUCCGGUUGCAGCGGUGGUACAGGUGGUUGUCCGGCACUCAGACGGAGAGAUACAAGCAGCGAGCGAUUCGAGGAAGAGAGGCCUCUUGACGCUCGCAACAUCCUGUCUUUACUUUGGUUCCUUUUCGUCCCUCCCUACCAAAAACCCCGACGGAACUCGUCACGAUGAUGUACCUGAGCGUCUUUCAGGCGAAGACGCGCUGUAUUUUCCCAUAAUAGGCUCCCUGGUGCUGGUCGGGCUGUUUUUUGUCGUCAAAUAUCUUGGCGCUGAAUGGAUCAACAUCCUUCUUGGAGUCUACUUUUCUGUUGCUGGUGUUGCUGCGGUAUGGAAAGCCUUGAUUGGAGUCGCACGAUGGGCGGUGGGAGAGGCCAAAUGGAAGGAGAAUCCCGAAUUCGCGCUCACCGCCCGUGUUGGCAACACCGUUCUGGUCGACGUGUCAAUGGCUUCCAUUUCCCUCUGGCUAUUGCCAGUGGCAGUGAUUCCCUCCGCCGUAUAUAUGUUCAAUGGCCGCUCAGCGCUGCUCACGGAUGUUUUGGGGGUUGCUUUUGCGUCGAGUGCUAUCAGCUUGCUGAAAAUCGACUCUUUCCGCACCGGUACAAUCCUUCUGAGCGGGUUGUUUCUCUACGACAUCUACUGGGUUUUUUUCAGCAAAAGUGUGUUUGGGACUUCUGUUAUGGUGAAGGUUGCUACGUCCGUGGAUGUCCCCAUCAAGCUGCUCUGGCCCAAGUCGGUCAAGUUUGGCAUUGAUCGCGGCUUUACAAUGCUAGGCCUCGGUGACAUUGUCGUGCCAGGAGUUUUUGUAGCAUUGGCACUUCGAUACGACCAUUUCCGUGCUGGCGCACCGACCCAUACCCAGUUUGGUCGCCCUUAUUUCCACGCAACUCUUGCCGCCUAUAUACUGGGGCUACUCACUACCAUGGCCGUAAUGCAUGUGUUUCAAUCGCCACAACCCGCCCUAUUAUAUCUCUCUCCUGCCUGCAUCGGAGCUUUCUUUGUCGUUUCUGCGAGUAGGGGACAGCUCAAAACUGCGUGGGCAUGGAACGAUGAUGAUGAGGAAGACGCCGCGAAACUGAAAGCGGAAUGA